AUGAAGGUGCAUCUCCAGUAUCAAGAGACUUUUGAUAGUACGGCUCCAAUUGUCGCAACGUUCCGGAAUGGUCCACCACCACCAAAUCAACGCAAGGAUUUAACUUUUGAGGUAUUUGAAAACCCCAUCAAGAAACAACGACUGGUUCUUGCAAGUUCGGAGAAAAUGGCUUAUCAAGGUGCUAAUUUUGGCUACUUGGGUUCAAGUCAUGAUUUUUCCAAUUAUGCUGUGGGGGUCUAUGAUAAGAAGACAAAGGAGGUUCGACUGUGCAAUGUCAAUCAGAUUUACGUCAUGCAACAGGCAAUUAAGAAUUUAUCCGAGAAUGUGGAUGAUAAUCGGGGUGAAAAGAAGAGUUUAAUGGAAAAAAGACGAGAUCUUGUUGUGGUUUUUGGUAGCAAGAAGAGCAAACGGAUGCAGAAAAAUCGAGAGGAAAAUAUCGUUGAUCAUGAAAACAUUAGUGGUGCAACUUCUGUGGCUCAGACGUUAAUGAAAAAGAUCUCGGCAGCACAACGCAAACUGGACGAAGAACGUGCACAGGAUGGAAGCUUUUUAGUAGAAAAAGCAGCUUUGGCUGCUACGCGGAAUGCUCUUUUACCACCUUGUGAUAUCGACGCUCCGACGCCAGAUCUUGUGUACGACUUGACAAAGUUUAUGGAUAGCACUGUUAUGGACUCGCUGACUAUCAUGGCGGAGGAAGUCAUAGAAGCAUUACAGACAACGAGUGUGGCAGAGUAUGCGACUAGCUUGGGCCUGGCAUCGCUUCCUACACGACUCAUAAUGUCUCUACCUACCCCGUACGAUGUCAACAAGAUGUGUCUCGUGGUGUAUGUGGCGUUCAUGAUUGAUUUCUACAACUCGCGCUUCCCUUUGCGCAAGUCGGCGGCAAUUUUUAGCGAGGAAAAAGGGAUCCCUCUCGUGGUCGUGCGUCAUUUUCUGAAACUCUUUACGGACAUUAGCGAGGGCAACAAUGGUUAUCCGACGUACUUCCAGUCCAAAGCCAUGAAAGACAAGCUAAGCUUGUACCUUAUCGUGGUUGCGCUGACUGUAAACGGCUUCAGUUUGGAUCUCACAGAGGUUGGCUCCGAUUUAAAGAGAUCUGCUAUCCAGAUUCAGGCAUACGCUCGUCAACUUGGUUGCAUUGUCGAAAAGGUAAAAGCGGAGGCUACUGCAUAUGGCGGCGCGUCCAAGAAGCAGAUUAACCGUGCAGUGCUUUCAGUGCCAUUACACUUCCCACUGCCGAAACGUGGCGGUCCUGCUCGUCGAUAA